AUGGACACUCCGAUUUUCCAAGACAAAGUUAUUUGCAUUCUCUGUGGCUUUUGUGGUUUUACUAAAGUAAGCAAAGACAUCAUUUCUAAUAAUAUCGAAAAAUUAGGGGGAACCACAGUCAAAAAAAUUUCUCAACUCCCCGAAAAUUUAACCCAUCUUAUAGUCCCUUACUUUUCAACUGAAUCCAAACUGCUUAAAACAUUGAAAAUUUCGCAGCUUCCGGACUGCAAAAUAGUUACCCAAGACUGGGCAAUUCAAAGCAUAAAAUUAAAAACUCUUUUGCCUGAAGACACAUUUUUAUGAAAAUGCUAUUUUCAACGACAACAAGAAAAAAUGGCUGAGGUUGAUGAAUUAAAAAGAAAAAGUCAAAUAGAUGAAGAGUAUCAUAUAAAUAAACAGUUAAAGCUACAAAGUAACAUAAAAAUCGAAGAAAACUUUGAAGAAAAUGAAAAUCAAAUUAAAAUUGAAGAAAAUCUUGAAAUAAAAAAUGAAGAAAAUGAUAUAAAGAUUAAAUUAGAUCCUGAUAUUAAAAUAGAAAUAAAGCAAGAAGACGAAAGCUCUAGGUUUAUUUCUGAUAAAAGGAGGAGAGCGAAUUGGAAAGAAGAUGAACUAUCGAAAUUUAAAUUUUACACAGGAAAACAGAGCAUAGAUAAUAAAAACGACCAUAUAAUACAAAUGUUAGAAGAGCUUAAGAAUAAUUAUACAAUCCUCAAAGAUAAAGGCAGAAUUAUAGGCUACCAGAAAGCUAUAUCAGCCAUAAGAAGUUUUCCAGAAAAAAUAACCUCAAUAGAGCAGCUUAAAGGGGUUAAUCAAAUAGGCAAACAAACACUCCAAAAAAUCAAAGAAAUUCUAGAGACAGGGUCUUUGAGCAGAGUAGAAGCAAUGGAUGAGCAUGAAAGGCUAGGCCAAUUAAAAUUAUUUUUAAAUAUCUGAGGAGUUGGAACAGAAGCUGCAGAAAAACUUGUAAGAAAAGGCUAUAAGACUAUAGAAAUGAUAAAAGCAAAUCCUCCUGAUUUUUUUAACGAAAAUCAAAAAAUUGGCCUUGCCCUUUAUGACGAGCUUUUAGAAAAAAUCCCCCGAGAAGAAGUCAAAGAAAUUUCAGAAAAAAUUACCAAAGUAGCCGAAUCUUUAGCAAAUGGAAGACAAUUAACAGCGAUUACUUGCGGAUCUUACAGAAGAGGUCGCCCACUAUGUGGAGAUAUUGACAUUUUGAUGACUUUCGAAGAUGGGGGAGCCCAUACUGGCUUACUAUCAAUUUUAGUUGAAGAACUAAAAAAAAUUGGUUUGGUUACCCACACUUUAGUAAUUACUGAUGAAGAAAUUAAAAAGAAGCACGAAAAUUCCACCUUUGAAGGCAUUGCAAAACUAGAAAAUGGACUACAUAGAAGAAUUGAUAUAAAAAUAUACCCCAGAAAAACCUAUGCAUGGGCAUUAUUAUAUUUCACUGGAUCUGCUAUGUUUAAUAGAAGCAUGAGACUUUUCGCUAAAACUAAAGGGUUUAGGCUUUCUGACGAAGGAAUAUUCCCUGCAAUUCGCUAUAAAACGGAAACAUUUACAUGUGCACCAAUUGCUGACUGUUAUACAGAAGAAGAAAUUUUUGAGUUUUUUGGGAUGGCUUAUAAAGCUCCGGAAGAAAGAGACAUGUAA